CCACAGUAUUAAAUAGACCUUUGACCAAUAGACAUCUAUAUUGAAAUAUAUAUACAACAUAAGCCGGCAAUUUGAUAACAAAAGAAAAGAAGACAUAUUAUUUUAGUGUAUAAUGAACGAGUGUAAAUACUUACGUUUUUGGUGUAUUUUGGGAUUUAUUGUUUCGCUGUAUGCCACCUAUGUGGAAAUAAAUUUGAUAUUAAAUAGUCAAUACAAGGCUCUGUGUGAUUUAGCUCCAAAAAUCAGCUGUACCAAGGCUUUUGCUUCGCCAUAUGGCAAAGGUUUUGGCUUAUUGAAUAAUAUUGUUUCCGAUUCGGAAACUUCGUCAUCAGUGUGGAACCCACCAAAUGGUAUAUUUGGCAUCGUUUAUUAUGCAGUGCUGUAUGCAACAGCCAAUAUAAAUCAUCGUUCUUUGAGAAUACUCCAAUUCAUAUGCUGCAUUUUAUCCAACAUGAUGUCCAUAUAUCUGGCCUAUAUUCUUUAUAUAUUGGACGAUAUAUGCGUGGUGUGUCUAACAAUAUAUCUGAUCAAUUUUAUGUGUUUAUGGGAAAUGUUGAGAAAUGAAAAGAGUUUAUGGACCAGAGAUUUUCCUUUCCCCAAAAGUAAAAGCUCAACAAAAAUUGAUUAAAAUUACUUAAAAUUUGUUAUAUAUUGAAAUAUAUGUAUAUAUGAACAUUUGUUCAA